GUUCACGUAACAAGAAUUUGAUUAGUAUUUCUUUAUUGUUACUUCCGGUAGAUUAUUAAGGGCGAAUUACUGUAAUAACUCUGGUUCUGACAAAAGAAGAAUGAUUCAGAACGUAGCGAAUGCUCUGAGCAACAACUACGACAACAUGAACAAGAACGAGUGCAUAAGAGGAACCGUGAUCUUAAUGAAGAAAAAUGUGCUCGACUUUAACGACUUAAGUGCUUCCUUGUUAGAUCGUCUUCACGAGUUCGUGGGCAAACGCGUUUCUCUUCAACUCAUAAGUGCUGUUCAACCAGACCCUGGGAAUGGCAUGAAAGGAAAACUUGGGAAGCCUGCAUAUUUGGAAGACUGGAUCACCACAUUCACACCCUUGACCGCAGGCGAAUCAGCAUUCAGUGUUACAUUUGAUUGGGAUGAGGAUAUAGGAACCCCAGGAGCAUUUUUAAUCAGAAAUGAUCAUCACAGCGAGUUCUACCUAAAAACCUUGACACUUGAAAAUGUUCCAGGCCACAGUGACAUCCACUUUAUCUGCAACUCUUGGGUAUACCCUGCACAUAAAUAUAAAACGGAUCGCAUUUUCUUCAGCAACAAGACAUAUCUUCCAAGUGAAACACCAGUGCCGCUUCUUAAGUAUAGAGAAGAAGAACUAGAGAGUUUAAGAGGAGAUGGAAAAGGGACCCUGCAAGAGUGGGAUAGGGUCUAUGAUUAUGCAUACUACAAUGAUUUGGGUGAUCCGGAUGAAGGUCCAGAAUAUGCUCGUCCAGUUCUAGGAGGGUCCACUGAAUAUCCCUACCCUCGAAGGGGAAGAACUAGUAGACCACCUACAAAAUCAGAUGCUAAUAGUGAAAGUAGAUUGAAUUUUGCCAUGAGCUUGGACAUCUAUGUUCCAAGGGAUGAGAGAUUUGGUCACUUGAAAUUGGCAGACUUUCUUGCUAAUGCACUGAAAUCCAUAGUUCAAGUCAUCAAACCUGAGCUGGAAUCUCUAUUUGAUAGCACCCCUGAUGAGUUUGAUAGCUUUGAAGAUGUAUUUAAACUUUUUGAAGGUGGGAUUAAGGUGCCACAAAGUAUAGUUAAGAAUAUUAGGGAUAAAAUCCCUGCAGAGCUGUUCAAGGAAAUUCUCCGAACUGAUGGUGAAAGGUUCCUGAAGUUUCCCUUACCUCAAGUGAUUGAAGAGGAUAAGUCUGCAUGGAGAACGGAUGAAGAAUUUGCAAGAGAAAUGCUAGCCGGUGUAAACCCUGUUAUAAUUCGCUGCCUCCAUGAAUUCCCACCAGCAAGUAAGCUUGAUUCCAAAGUCUAUGGCGAUCAAACCAGUACAAUAAGGAAAAAGCACAUUGAGAGCAACAUGGAUGGGCUUACCGUGAAUGAGGCAAUCAGACACAAGAAGUUGUUCAUAUUAGAUCACCAUGAUUCACUAAUACCAUACUUGAGGAGGAUAAACUCGACUUCUUCAAAAACCUAUGCCAGCAGGACAAUUCUUUUCUUGAAAAAUGAUGGGACUUUAAAGCCAUUGGCCAUUGAGUUGAGUUUGCCACAUCCUGAAGGAGAUCAACAUGGUGUCAUCAGUAAAGUUUACACUCAUGCAGAAGAAGGUGUUGAAAAUUCUAUCUGGCAGUUAGCUAAAGCUUAUGUAGCAGUAAAUGAUUCGGGUUAUCAUCAGCUUAUUAGCCACUGGUUGCAUACUCAUGCAGUGAUUGAGCCAUUCGUCAUAUCAGCAAACAGACAACUUAGCGUGCUUCACCCUAUUCAUAAACUACUGCAUCCACACUUUCGUGACACCAUGAACAUAAAUGCACUAGCGCGACAAAUCCUCAUCAACGCAGGAGGCAUUGUAGAGGCCACAGUUUUUCCAUCCAAGUAUUCCAUGGAGAUGUCAUCUGUGCUUUAUAAGAGCUGGGUUUUUCCUGAACAAGCAUUACCUGAGGAUCUUAUCAAGAGAGGAAUGGCUGUUAAAGAUUCAGGUUCUCCACAUGGCCUUCGACUUGUGAUUGAGGAUUACCCUUUCGCUGUUGACGGGCUAGAGAUUUGGUUUGCUAUAAAGAAAUGGGUCCAGGACUAUUGCUCCUUUUACUACAAGGAAGAUGACACAAUCAAGAAAGACAAGGAACUUCAAUCUUGGUGGAAGGAGUUAAGAGAGGAGGGUCAUGGUGACAAGAAACACGAGCCUUGGUGGCCAAAGAUGCAAACUCGUGAAGAUCUUAUUGAAGUUUGCACCAUCAUUAUAUGGGUUGCUUCAGCUCUGCAUGCAUCAACCAACUUUGGACAAUACCCUUAUGCAGGUUUCCUCCCAAACCGUCCCACCAUAAGCCGAAGGUUCAUGCCCGAGGAAGGGACUUCAGAAUAUGAUGAACUUGUGAGCAACCCUGAGAAGGCUUUUCUGAGAACAAUCACAGCACAGUUGCAGACUCUUAUAGGCAUUUCACUCAUUGAAAUAUUGUCUAGGCACUCUUCUGAUGAGGUGUACCUUGGACAGAGAGACACUCCUAACUGGACAUAUGAUGUGGAGCCAUUGGAAGCGUUUGAGAAGUUUGGAAAAAAGCUGGCACAAAUUGAGGAAAAGAUUGUGACAUUGAACAAUGAUGGGAAACACAAGAACCGAGUUGGACCAGUUAACAUGCCAUACACCUUGCUUUUUCCCAGCAGCAAAGCUGGACUAACUGGCAUGGGAAUUCCCAACAGUGUUGCAAUUUGAAAGGGCUUGCUUGUUCCCUUUAAUUGCUUUCUGAGUUCGGAUUUAAGUGUGAUGUGUAUUUUUUUUUUUUUUUUUCCUGCCAUUUGAGGUUUGUGAAUUUCCAUUCUUCUCUAGUGUGUAUCAAUUCAUCUACAUGUAUGAUAGUGUGAAAAUAAUUUGUUAGAGUGGAAUGCAAAAAUAAGUCAUUGUUGAAUUACCUACAUUAUAA